CAUACCUAUAUGAGGAGGACUUAACUUCCUGGGACCUGAGAGAUAAAAAUAACCCCUGCCAGGCAGUCACACAUAAACAAAGGGGCUGAGGCAGUAUGGCCCUCACAAAGGGGCUGAGUUUUUAGGCAGAGGUUGAUACAGUGAGCCUUGCUGCUUGCUUGCUGCCAAUCCAGGCCACAUGUGGCAGGCAUGUGGGGCACUCCUUGGCCACCUCUGGCAACUGAUUUGGGGCCACAUCUGGUGGGCGACACUGGGACAUGCAUGGCAUGUGUAUAGUUCAUUCAUAGUGAUAGUCGUGCUCUUCCCAGCCAGAGGUUUUGUGACCAUGGCCAAGCAAUAUCUACACAAGCCCAAAGAGACUAGCGGCUUGCUUCAGUGCCAGAAGGAGCUCGAGGAGGUGGGCCCCUCGCUCCAGUUCCAACAGGAGCAAAAGACAGCUAGUCCUGCAUACAUACAUGAGCUCGAGGAGGCUAGUCCCGUGCUACGAUACCUACAGCACCCUGAAGAGUUUACUGCCUUGCACCAACAACUACUCCAACCCCAGGACAAGGCUGAGACCUCCAUCCAGCAGUCGGAGGAAAUUAGUCCUGUGCUCCAGUAUCUACAUCAGCUGGAGGAGAUUGGUAGUAACCUGCUCCAGCGGGACAGCAGCCUCAUGUUUUCCUGCCCAAGGAAUGCCAGCAAAGUGCAGAGUGUGACUCAGGUGCCCAUGGACAUGGCCAUCCCAAUUCCUGCCGCCGCACAUCAUGAAACAAGGAAGGCUAAUGGUCCAGCAGAAGUCCCUGGGUUUGCAAACAAGGAGCAGGUUCCAUGCAAGGUGGCUGGGGCACAGGCUAAUGACAAAAGAUCCUCCUCAAGGUACUCCAGUAGGACUUGCAGCGACAAUUCCAAGAGCCCAACAGAGAAGAAAACAACAACAGGUGUGCCCCCAGUCAUGCCUGUGGCAUCGCCUUCCACACAGCAAAGCCAAACCAGAAACACCGGGAAACAGAAUCUCAAGCCCAAAACUCCCUCUGCGGUAUGCAUUCACUCUGGAUCACCCCAGAUCUCUGCAGGGAGGAAGGAUAGCCUGGAUAGCACAAAUUCCAAGGGAAUAGGGGAUCACCAAAAAGGGACACCCGAAAGCUCCCAGCUGUCUGCCAAAACUAGCCUAGAAGACAUGGAAGAUGGUUGCAUUAACUCAGAUGAACUAACGGGCAGGCAAUAUCCAUCUAGAGCGACAGGGCUACUUGGAUCUCCCCAAAAUACCAAUAAGGGCUCCUGUGAAGAUGAGAAAAAAGUCCAGGACAUUCUGAAUGCCCAAGAAUCACUGGUGUCAAGUGAGCAAGACGUUAAAGCAGAAGGAAAGCUCCUGAACGAGAAGACAGACAGCCUAAUACCCACCAACAUUAAGGCCAAGUAUGGCACAUCUGCAGUGGAGAAGCUGGUUUCUGAAGAGCAGGCACGCCGUGCUCUCUGUGAGGCCGGGCUGAUUCAAGGGCAGAAGCGACUCGGUGACUUAAGAUUCAAGAUGCUAGAGAAUCCCAUGGCUUCCUCACCAUAUGCUGAUUACUAUGAACUAGGUUACAACCUGAGGUCCAACAUUUUCCAAGGUGGACCAUUAGAAAGCAAAAGCCUUAUGAAGGAUUCUUAUACCCCAGAUGUGAUAAAGAGGGCGAUCCGGGACCCCAAACAUUGGCAUGGAAGGAAAACUGAUGAUUUAGGGAGAUGGUUCCAGAAAAAUGCCCUAAAUCUUAACCUGCAAAAGGCGCUGGUGGAAAAAUUUGGGGAGAAGAACAAAGGCGGCAAAUAAGAAGGCAUACAAGAGGAACACAAUCCCCUCUAGAAAAGAUACUUGGCUUUCCCUAGCACUGGAAAUAAACCUCCAUGCAGCCUU